AUGGCGUUGAUCUCAUCGCAGUUCACGCUGAAGUGGGUGGAGGUGCGCAAGCAGAUUGACUUCAAGGCGUUUCGCCCAGGGAAGCAGUUGCUGGCGAGGAAUCCCAAGAUCUCCGUGGUUGCAUCAAAGGCAAAGCUGAUCGACACGCUGCGCAGUUAUGAGCGCGUUGCACAGCGCACAACGGCCACAAAGCUAAAGAUGGCAGACUUCUUUCCGCAAUCCUUCAAGGUCGACGAUCUCAGUGAACGACGGGAGUUCUUUGCUGCUGUGAAGAAGGAUCCCAAGGCUGUGUGGAUCUGCAAGCCCACGGGCAUGAACCAAGGAAAAGGUAUAUUUAUCGUCAAGGACGCGCAGCAGUUUGUGGCCGAGCUGAAGGAGGAAAGCGCACGGUUGCGGCAAGGAAGACAGAGGCCAAAGAUGGCGAGGGUGGUGCAACGAUAUCUACAGCGCCCGCUGCUGCUGCAGAGGCGAAAGUUUGACAUACGCGCAUACAUGCUCAUCGCGUGGACGCAGCCGUUCCUCGUGUACUUCCACCAUGGGUACCUGCGACUGAGCCUUUCGGAGUACAGCGCAGACAGCUUUGAUGACACCGCAGCGCACCUCACCAACCAGUACCAGCAGAAGCGCGUUGAGGGCUUUGCUGACCGCAAGCAGGACAGCAUGUGGAGCAUGGACCAGUUUGUCGAAUACCUUGCAACGGAGGAGGGUCGCUCAGCGGUUGCGGAGGGAGCACGGCACAAGCUCGACGGCCCCGCCGCACGCCCUGGCGAUGGUGGUGGUGGUCGUGGCAGUGGUGGUGAUCGGGCUGACACCAGCAACAACGACGGCGACAGCAGCAGCAGCAGCAGCCAUGAUGAUGGUGAUGCACGGCAGCAGGGCGAGAGCGCACUAGCUGGGGCGCGGCACUGGGUCAACCAUGUCCUCACGGAUCGCAUGAAGGCCAUUAUGACCCAUGCUUUCCUCAGUGCGCGCCCUCACCUGGACCGCAGCCCAGGGCUGUUUGACCUGCUUGGCUUUGAUUUCAUGAUCGAUGACGAGCUCAACGCAUGGCUGAUUGAGAUCAACGUGAACCCAGCCCUGCACACCACGUGCAAGCCAUGCCAGGACCUUUUGCCCGGCAUGAUUCGCACGGUUGUGGACAUGGAGCUUGACCUGUUUCAGCAGUACACCAAGUCAAAGGCACCCGUUCGCCCCCCAGCAGACACCGGUGACUUCAGCCUCAUUCACAAGGGCAAGCGGUGA